AUGAGUGUGAUCGACAUUUUGUUCAGGAUCGAUGAUAUUUGCAAGAAGUACGACAAAUAUGAUGUCGAAAAGCAACGGUCCAUUAAUGCCUCGUCCGACGAUGCUUUCGCGCGGCUCUAUUCUUCUUUUGAAUCUCAGAUUGAAGCCAUUAUCCGGAAAUCGGAAUUGGCAGAGAUGGAAACAAACAGGGCAACUGUGGUGGCAUUGAAUGCAGAGGUGCGCCGGACCAAGGCCAGACUCCUGGAUGAAGUGCCUAAGCUACAGAAACUUGCUCAAAAAAAGGUGAAAAAUCUCUCUAGAGAAGAAUUAGAAGCUCGUACGGAUCUUGUUCUUGCACUCCCUGAGAGAAUUCAAGCAAUACCUGAUGGGAGUAGAGGUGCAUUCAAACAAUCAGCCUGGAGCGCUUCGAAUAAGAACAUCAAUUUCGACUCUAGUGGUUAG